UACACAGUUUUGUCAUGCCUGAAUGAAAAGUUUUCAAACCCACAACACUUUUGAGAGUGGAAUUAAGACCGUCGCUUCCGAUCCUUUGCAUUCAAUUAUUGGCAAUGAAAUACUAAAAGGCGACUGCUCGCUAAAAAUAAACGCUCUACGAGUUUAUGCAUAUUAAUAUCUUAUCAAAUAUCAUUUCUCCACAAGGGUUUGAUGUCUAUCAUGACGAGGGCCACUUGAAUUUCUGCCUGUCUGCGCUUGAGAUCAUAGUCCGAUCAAGUCACAGCAUCACAUACCUAAUUUAUUGAUUUAUUUUACAUCUAAUUGUUUCAACAAUCGCUAGGGGUUCGGUACCGAUAAUUAGUAUGAAUGACUCUCUCGCUUGGAGCUUGCCAAAAUACGCUAAGCAGGAGCUCUAGCGUUAAUCGUAAUUCCGACGACGCUGGGUUACAUCACGCAAUUCGUUUGGGUAAACAUUCUACGUGUAAUUCUAAGAUAAGCGUUAUAUUGCAGUUCACCACAAACGUUCAAAAUGGCCGACCGAAGACUUAAAGAUUCACUGGAACAGUUCCUUAAAACUCACUACGACGGCUUUGCAGCCCGCCGCCAGAAAAUGCUUGGGCAAGUGAAAACAGUUUUAGAAUAUCUGCUACAAGCUCUGAAAGAACGCGAUAACAUGUUUGAUUUCGAGCAUAUCAAUUCAGCCACGUUUUUCGAUGUCAAAACGAGCAACACAGUCGAAGUGUUGUUGAAUGUUCAAGGUUUUGACUCCUCGGAGAAAGCUCUGUCGAUAGAAGAUGGUCAAGCACCGCCCGGAUUUGCUGUCGCCAAGGUAAACAGCAAUGAUUGGUACGAAUGGUGUGUUUGCAGCAACUCGGGGAAAAAAUAUCUAUCUUCAAAAUUAAUCAAUGAAAAGUUGCUAGACCAUAUCAGCAAGAUCGUUAAACUUCAUGAUUUACAUAUUCAUGAUUUUUCAAUCGAUCUAGAGCAUUCUUUUGGCCAGCAGUCCACAACGUUAAAACUCAAUGUGUUAUCUGACCGCGAUAAUUAUCAUGUUGUCUUGGUACCUACAAUCCCUUGUCCUGGGCGCUGGACUUACUCUGCGCAUGCGUGGCAAAACGAGGGGUCCCAUUGGCCAAACAAGACAACGAAGCAAGCGGCGAUAGCAGACGGCAUUCAUCUCAUUGGUCGCUCCUCACACACAAAAUCGCCUAACCAUUGGCAGAUCGCCUUUCUACUGCCAAUCAGAAGACUUCUUGCCGAUAAGACAGGGUGCAAACACAAAUGCGCAAUGGUCAUGAGAAUUCUGUUGGAGAACAGUUCAACACUGCAAGAAGUGAUCGCGGGGAAUCAUCUCGAGAAUGUAUUGUUGCAUCUCUUUAAAAAGUUCCCCGUCGCUUCGUUUUGGGAUGAGGAUAGAUUUGGUCAACGAUUUCUGGACAUUGUCAACGAACUCGAUAAGUGCGUGCGAGAUAGACACUUGGCUGAUUUCUUUAUUCCUGAUCUGAACCUUUUCAAUGAUAUAGACAAACAUGCAGCACAGCUAGCGAGGGUAGAACUGCAGAAACUUACUCAGAACCCAGUCGAGUUUCUUAAACUGUCAGGAAACUCACAAAGCACGGCUUUUUGAACUGACGAUUACAUCAUGGGCUUCCUA